UACGUAUGAGCGUAAAAAAUAGAAACUUCCAAGAUGGCUGAGUCCGUAGGAUCCAUGCAUUUAGCAGCUAAUGGCAAAAUAAAUCCCCCAAAACCCUUGGUACCCAAAAUACCGCCUGAGAGUCGACCACAGUCUUCCAACGAUGUCUUCCCCCCACCGCCCAAGAAAGUCAGAAUCGAGGAGAAAAGCUUGAAGCAAAAGAAAUUGAACGGGGACGUAGUGUGCGCAGGGGAAAAACACAACGGGAAGCAGAGUUAUGGAAGCCCAGCGAAAUGGAGUUUCGGCCCGGCCAAGCCGAGCAACUCCACCUCGCCAGCUCCCGCACGAAAGAUCUUCAAGAUCAGCAACUUUCUUGCCUCUCCUUCGAAAGUGAAGAAACCGAAGGAGAAACGUCACAAGGAAAAAGAGAAGAGCGCUAAAACGCAGAGUUCACUCCUGGAGAAAGUGAGCCCUGCGAGUUGCCAUACAAAGACGGAGAAUGGUGAUGUGAAGAUGUUACGAGAUCACACUGGCAAAGACGAGGAGAGAGAAAAGAAAAGGGAGAACGAUAAAGAGAGGGACAGGGAGAAGAAGAACCACCAAGGGAUGGUUGUGAAUGAUGAUGGGAGGGAGAAUGGCGAGGUGAAAACGCCACUGAAAGAGUCAACAGAAAAGCCAAAAUUCAACUCGGAGGACGAGCUCCUCUUGAAAAAGCUAAAGAAGAAGAAGAAAAAGAAGCACAAAGACGGCGAGCGGGAAAGACGCAGCCGACCCAAGAUGUACCACCGCUCCAGUCAGACUGUGUGUUCUGGUGUAUUUGUGGACCUGCCGGACCUGCUCAACACACCAGACAGAAGUAACAACAGCACCAAUAACAGUUUCUUCCAAACCUUCCCAAGUCCCCAUCAGGAUCCUUCCAGCACCACCACUAGUACUUCUGUGUCCACCUCUACGGCCUCCAUGGUCAGGGAGAGGUUGGGGUACGGCUCCCCCCUCCACAGUGCCCCGUCCCUUGGCAUGGCGGGGCUGGAGUUUGGCAGUCUGAUCCACGUGGAACAGCAGGCCAACGGCGGGGCGUUGGUGGCCCAUGCCUACACCCAGCAGCUGGCCUGUCUCUCCCCGGCUGAGAUGCAGCGCUUCGCCCAGGAGUUUGUCACCCUCUCAUUCAGCGAGGACCAAGCCGACGCGGCCCAUUACGUCAUGGGCAUCAUCCAUGGAGCGGCCUCCUACCUACCAGACUUCCUGGACUACUUCUCCUACAAGUUCCCCAAUGCGCCCGUCAAGAUGGAAGUGCUAGGGAAGAAGGAUAUAGAGACCACCACCAUGGCCAACUUCCACACUCAGGUGAAGCGUACCUACUCCCAGGGGACGUACCGUGCAGGGGCCAUGCGGCAGGUCAGCCUGGUGGGGGCCGUGGACGAGGAGGUGGGAGACUACUUUCCCGAGUUCAUCAACAUGCUGGAGGAAUCUCCCUUCCUUGAGCGUACCCUGCCCUGGGGCACGUUCUCCAGCCUGCGCCUGCGGAGCCCCACAGAGAGUGACGACGGGCCCAUCAUGUGGGUCAGACCAGGGGAACAGAUGAUCCCUGUGGCUGACAUGCCCAAGUCCCCCUACAAGAGAAAGAGGUCGACCAAUGAGAUCAAGAACCUGCAGUACCUGCCGCGGGCUAGCGAGCCCAGGGAGAUGCUGUUUGAGGACAGGACCAGAGCCCACGCCGACCACAUCGGACAGGGCUUCGAGAGACAGACCACCGCAGCCGUGGGGGUGCUCAAGGCCGUGCGCUGCGGAGAGGGUGAUGCUCCUGCCAGGAUAACCAAAGAUGUGGUGUGUUUCCACGCUGGAGAUUUCCCUGAAGUGGUCCAGAGGCUCCAGCUAGACCUGUACGAACCACCCCUCUCACAGUGUGUGCAGUGGAUAGACGAUGCCAAGCUGAACCAGCUGAGGAGAGAGGGCAUCCGCUACGCCCGUAUCCAGCUCUACCAUGACGACAUCUACUUCAUCCCCAGGGGAGUGGUGCAUCAGUUCAAGACUGUGUCUGCUGUCUGCAGCCUGGCCUGGCACAUCCGCCUCAGACAAUACCACCUGGACCAAGAGAGGGAGGAAGAGAGCUGUACUUCUACACAGGCAGCAGGUCAAGUCAUAGAGGAAGAAACGGAGGAAAGUGAGGAGGAGGGAGGGAAAGAGGACACUCCUACGCAGACGCAGGUAAAGACUGAGGAAAAGGAGGAGGCAGGGGGAAGGACGCCUGUACAGGAGCCGCCACCAGUUUGCAAGGAGGAAGACGACACGGAGGAGGAGGGAGGGGAGAGAGGAGGCUGCACAUCUACACUGGCAUUCCCUUUGGUCAAGGAGGAGAGGAAGGAAGGAAACGCAGUCACAGAGACACUACUGGAAGUCAAGAAAAGAAAGGAGGAUGACGAGCAUCACAAGAUAGAAGAGAGGGAGAGAAAAAGAGCAAGAGAUGGCAGUACACCCACGCAGAUGCCACCACAAGUGCAGAUGGAGGGAGAUAGUGAACUCUCAAAGGCGUCACAACAGACUGGCAUAGAGAGAGAGGAGGAAGGAAGACAUCAGAAGACACCUCCACAAGCCCAGAAAGAAAGAGAGAGGCUAAUAGAUGGUAGCACAGCCACACAAACACCUCCACAAGCCCAGAAAGAGAAGGACAAAGGGAAGGGGAAAGAUUUGGAGAAAGAUGAAAAAGAGAGGGAAAAGGAGAAAGUGGAGACCUAUGGAUGCACUCCAAGCCCCGCCCCUCUCCCUGGCAGACAGGUCUCACCACCACAGUGA